AUAGCUUAGCUAGCUAGAGAGAGAGAGAGAGAGAGCAAAAAAGGAAUGGACUUUUUUGUAGAGAGAGAAAAAGUGAGCGAGACAGACGCUCACUGAGACUGGAAGAUCAAGAAGACGACGACACUCACUAGUGACCGACCACACUCUCUAAAGAUCCGAUCUUUACAUCGCCGACGGUUGUUGAUACAAUGGGUGCUUCAGGGAGAUGGAUUAAAGCAUUGGUUGGUUUUACGAAAUCUAAUAAGUCUAAGUCCUCGAAGAAGGAUGCAAAUGGGAAGGUGGCGUCCAAGAGUAGGUUUGGGAGAAAGAAUUCAAUUGAUUUCGAUUUUGAGAAGUUUCAAGAUGGAUUUGAAGAUUCCAAUACGCGUAGUGUGAUGGAUACCGGAGUCUCUACAUCAACUUCACUACAAUCAUACGGGGGACCAGCUUAUGAGGAACAAAGUAGGGAACAUCAAGCUGCAACGCGUAUCCAAACAGCUUAUCGGGGAUUUCUGGCUAGAAGGGCUUUACGAGCGUUGAAGGGAUUGGUUAGACUUCAAGCACUUGUUAGAGGACAUGCUGUGAGAAAACAAGCUGCUGUAACUCUUCGAUGCAUGCAAGCGUUGGUAAGAGUUCAGGCUCGUGUACGCGCAAGACGUGUUCGUCUGGCCUUGGAAUUGGAAAGUGAAACGGGUCAGCAGACACUUCAGCAACAGCUAGCUGAUGAAGCCCGAGUUCGAGAAAUAGAGGAAGGUUGGUGCGAUAGCAUUGGAUCUGUUGAACAAAUCCAAGCGAAGCUGCUAAAGAGGCAGGAAGCUGCAGCUAAGCGUGAGAGGGCUAUGGCAUAUGCUUUGACUCAUCAGUGGCAGGCAGGAACUCGGCAGUUAUCUGCUCACAGUGGCUUUCAACCUGACAAAAACAACUGGGGAUGGAACUGGUUGGAAAGAUGGAUGGCUGUUCGUCCAUGGGAGAACCGGUUUCUUGACAGUAACCUCAGGGAUGAUGCGAAAUUAGGUGAAAACAGUAUGGAUCAGUCUGAGAAUGUGCAUAAAACACAGAUGAAAAGUGCAAGCAAGAUUCCAAACACUUCAAAUCUUGUAUCCGGUGUUUCAAGUCAGAUGACUGGCCCAUGUCUGUCGGAUGGUAAUUCUUCUUCUCCUGGAAUAUCUUCAAGCAUUCCAGUGGUAUCCAGGGCUAAGACAAAGUCUGCUAAAGACGAUCUUGCUGUAGAAGUUAGCUCAAGGCCUGGAGCUGGUCCUAGAUCGCACAGCAAUCCAAAAGAAAGAUCAAGGGAGCCAAUUAGAUCUUCAAAGGAACGAUUAUCUCUGCCAAAUAAUGGAAAAUAUUUAGGAUCUCAGCCAGCUAAAGCCAACCGAGCUGGAAAACUCAUGCCAACCUCUCAUAAAGUAGUUGAGGAAAAAUCUGCCCAAAACCAGGGAAGACGUAACUCCGACCCAAUAAAACAGAGGCUUGCAUAGCUUUGUUAAGUGUGUAGCCUGAGAACUGUCAGCCCAAUUCCCUCAACCAUCGUUCUGUACAUACACAGCUUCGGGUGAACGGAUAGGAAACGGGAGAAACAGAACACAAUGGUUUCCAGAUGAGAGAGUUGCUUGGUUUAUCGAUCAAUCAAGAAGAGAAAGAUGCUGUAUUGGCGUCUCUCUCUUGCCUUCAUUGUUGUUGUUAUUUAUUAUAUUAGCCAUCCUUUUCUUCUUGUCCAUGGUUCUCUGGAGUGAUUUUGGAUUUCUUAUAUGGAUCGGUAAGUAGUGGUAUACUGGUAUUACUUACGUUAUAUGAUCUCUCUCAAGGUGUACAUUUGUCAAUCUUUUGCAGUUUUUGCUGGGAGUGCAGACCAUGGCAAUCCCUAUGUGAUUA